AUGCUAUUUACAAAAAGAAAAAGUAUACAGUAUAUAAACUACUAAUGGGCUAUUUGGACCUUUUUGUAAUUUCUAUAAAUGGGCCAUAAAUUUAUCAACCAAAGCCCAACCCAAUUGAUACCUUCCUUCCAGUGAAACCAGAAACCUCAAUUUUGGUACAAACCGACGAAAGCUUGUACAUCAAUGGAGUCGCUGCUAAACCCCGACAGCAACUCCGAAUUAAAUCUCGUAACCUCGUACGAGAACUCCGACCCAGUUCUUCUGUCUUGUAAUUCUUCUUCGGACACAACCCAUGAUUCUCAAAUCGGAGGAGAAAAACAGCUGAUAGAAGAAGAAGAAGAUGAAGAAGAAGAAGAAUUGAAAAGGCUUCUGUUGCCCAAUGUGGAUGAAUUGCCCGAAAUACCCCGCUCUUCCGUCGAAGCCAAUUUCACUACUUACUUUCUUCCGGAUUUUAUGAAGCCGGGGCAUGAUCAGUAUGUACAUCGUCAUGCCAAUGGGCUGUGUGUAAUUGGUUUGGCUCCAACUCAUGUGGCGUUUAAGGACGAAGGUGGAGUCACUUCGAUCGAUUUUAAUGUUGGAAAGUCCGAUCGAAGCGGAAUUAAAGUUACCGGAAAACGGAAAAAGAACGCCCAGCAUUUCGAAUCCAAUACAGCAUUAUGUAAAGUGUGCACGGCCGACGCUUCUUACGUAGUGAGGUGUUGCGUAAAAGGCUCUCUAUUGGAAGUCAAUGAAACGUUAAUCAGUCAACCGGAAUUGCUCAAUUCAGUGCCGGAUAGAGAGGGAUACAUUGCAAUAAUGAUGCCAAGACCUGCAGAUUGGCUCAAGGCGAAGGCUACUCUGCUCGACUCCGAACAAUACAAGAAGCUGAGAACAGAGCUUUGACUUUUGUCAACUGGUUCACUAGACAGGUUUUUUUUUUUUUUUAAUAUAUUUAAUUUGCAGCAACUAUUGGACAGCAUUUCCUUUUUGAAACAAGAGUCUAUUGUAAGAAUCCAUUAAAAUUAAAAGCUACAAAAGGUGCAAAAGAAAUAAAAAA